AUGCAAUUCUAUGGGCUUCGAUGUACCCUCUGCGGCUGGAAGAUCCCAACUGGAGGGGGCACGGGCCUCAUUCUGCCUUGCCAAGCGGCCAGCUACAAGCCUCAGGUCAAGCCAACCUUCAACUUCAAGCAAAGCACCGUGCCCAAUGACUGCCUGGGUAUUGGAGGCUUGCUCUCAAAGGCAAGCUAUCAUGGAGGAACUCCACUGCAUAGGCAGUCGGCAGUUCUGCUGCUCUUCUCAGCAUGGCCGGAAUCGGAGCAGGAAAAUGCGGCGCGCCUGUGGCAGCACCUCCAGCAAAGGCGGGCACAGAAAUUCAGUUCGGAGAUGCAUGAGGGCACCCAGUCUUGUGCCACCAAGCCUCCGGGUGGAACUGGAAGGGGGCGUGACGUGGAAGCAAAGUGGGAGGAUGCAAAGCUGCUUGCAGCAAAGCUGCUGGCCUCAUCCACGUCCCGGGAUACUGUAAUCCGCAACAUCGCUGCGGAUGGAGAGGACUACCUGCCUGCAGCGUCCGUCGGCCACAACAUGGGCCCGCCCCAGCAGCAGUCGUUGCUGCUGGGACAUGCCAUGCUAUGGGUCCAUCGAUGGUACUGCCCCGACGAUGGAGGCUCAGUUUCGCCAACGACCUGUUCGCGACCCGACAGACAUCGUUUGCGCAUCUUAGGCUUGGCUCAAGUGAUUUGCAUCCUGCUGACUGUCCUGUCUUGGCAGCUGGAAGUUGUUGAUGUGGCCUUUGGUGGCUUAGUUGGCACUUUCCUGAAGGUGACAGACCAGCCAACUUCCAAGACUUACAGCAUUAUGGGCCUCUUGUCGCGCCUUGGAAAGCAAGGCUCCACUUACCUGCAGGUUACCUUUGCCGUGUUUGUGCUGAUCAUUCCGUUGCUAUACUUGUUGGCCAUGGCUUUCCUUUGUCUAUAUCAGCUGCAGCCAAAGAAGCAGCAGCUGGUCCUUCGCCUCUGCUACACGUUGAAUGCAUGGGCCGCCUACGACGUUUUCUUCAUUGCCUUUCUGGCCGCCGUGCUUGGUGGUGAAAGGUAUGGCAUUGGUCAAUUCAUCGAGCUGGUGGUUUAUCAACAAAACUUGGCGCCCAUGUGCGACGCCCUCCGCGACAUUGGAGUGCAGUGCAUGCACGUGCAGCUGGCCCUGUUGCCGGGUGCACUGCUGAUCCUCCUAGCUGUGGUCGCAUCUUUUCUUGUCAGCCUCCUCGCUACGCGAAAAUUAAACAAAGGCUGA